GAAAGGCUUUUAAAAGGCCUGGAUGCCAAUGCACAUUCCAACACUAUCCACAGAAAGGAGACUGGAGCAGUGCUCUUCCCUGUGUUGGGCAAGGAGACUCUCCCUCCCUGCCUAUCCUCUUGCCUGCUCUGUUUUGUGGGAGAAUUAUAACUAAAUACUAGAGAGGCAGUGAAGAACAGAGGGUGUUUUAAUUCCUCCCCAGAGUUUCCUUUUUUUGAUGUAUGUUGCAUCCUUUAAGCAAGUUGUACAAAAUGGCUGCAGGGUGGAUUGGCUCUCCCUUUUCAAGCUCUCAGUCCAGCUGGGUUUAUUUGUAAAUAUCGCAUCUCCUCUUCUCCGUGUUUUAAGACUGGCUGGAAAGACUCUUCUUCCUUUAGUUUGGGUCAGUGUGAGAGAUCUAAAAAAUCAUUUUCCCUUAAAAUGACUGUAUUUCAAUAAAAGGAUUGGGCAGGGGCUGGUAUGAAAGAAAAUCGGUCCUUCGUGAUAUAAAACUGUUGUUACCUAAAGCAGUUUACAAAAUAUGUGCUUAAUUAUGUGGUGGGGCGUGUGUAGGUGUAUGAUGAGCAAGGCAACCAACAUGGCUAUUUGGGGUGCAAGGAUGUGGGGAAAGGAAAGUAAUUUUCACACUGGACUUUGAUCCUCGGGAUCUGGGUUCUAGUCAUCGCUCUGAGCUAUGUGGCCUUGGGUAGGUCUCAUCUCCUGGGCUUUUGUUUCCCUACUUGAACAAUAUGAGGAUGAGUCACAGCUAACAUUUGUUCCAUGACAUUUACCCAGCGCCAUACAAGUGUUUUUUCUGUCCUCCCAAUAACCACUGAGGUGGGUAGUCUUAUGUGCCCAUUUUACAGAUGAGGAAACUGAAGCCCAGAGAAGUUAAAUGCUUGUCUGAGCACACCCAGCUGGUAGGUGGCAGCCCUGGAAUUGGAAUCUAGUUCAGUUUGACUCCCCAGUCCGUGCUCUUGACUACUCUAUACUGUUGCCUCAAGUCCAGAUCUAAAAUCCCAUUUUCUGUGUGACUGUGUGUUUGGGACAGGGGCAACUAAUUCUCGACUACUCUAUAUGCUGCAUAGAACCUAGAGAGGAUUUUUCAAAGUGGAUGAAUCCCAAAAGCUGGAUUGCCGAGCAAACGAAUGCAGUCACUUCAGCCAGGGCUUGCAAGGGGGAAAGAGAAAAAGACUGUGGAAUGGAAAGUUUCCCAACCCAAGCCUUCCCCAAGGGGUUGCCAUUCUCUGUUCUACAGUUUAGGGCUUGCAUGUGCUUUCUCUGGAGUGAGUGGAAAAAUACAUAAAUUAUAAGGAAUUUAACAGACAGAAAGGCGCACAGAGGAAUUUAAAGGGUGGGCUGGGGGUGAGGCGGUGGGCGGGGGUAGGGGAAACACUGUUUUCCGAGCUAAGCCGCCGCAGAUAAAAAGGCGUAAAGGGAGAGAAGUUGGCGCUCAACGAGAGCCAGGAGCAGCGUCCCGGCUCCGCCCCUGCUCGUUUUAAAAGCACUUCUUGUAUUGUUUUUAAGCGAUUGAAACACAGAGCACCAGCUCUGAGGAACUCGUCCCAAGCCCUCCAUCUCCACUUCCUCCCCCUCGAGUGUACAAACCCUGCUUCGUCUGCCAGGACAAAUCAUCAGGGUACCACUAUGGGGUCAGCGCCUGUGAGGGAUGUAAGGGCUUUUUCCGCAGAAGUAUUCAGAAGAACAUGAUUUACACUUGUCACCGAGAUAAGAACUGUGUUAUUAAUAAAGUCACCAGGAAUCGAUGCCAGUACUGUCGACUCCAGAAGUGCUUUGAAGUGGGAAUGUCCAAAGAAUCUGUCAGGAAUGACAGGAACAAGAAAAAGAAGGAGACUUCGAAGCAAGAAUGCAGAGAGAGCUAUGAAAUGACAGCUGAGCUGGACGAUCUCACGGAGAAGAUUCGAAAAGCUCACCAAGAAACUUUCCCUUCGCUCUGCCAGCUGGGUAAAUACACUACGAAUUCCAGUGCUGACCAUCGAGUCCGACUGGACCUGGGCCUCUGGGACAAAUUCAGUGAACUGGCCACCAAGUGCAUUAUCAAGAUCGUGGAGUUUGCUAAACGCCUCCCGGGCUUCACCAGCUUGACCAUCGCAGACCAGAUCACCCUGCUGAAGGCCGCCUGCCUGGACAUCCUGAUUCUUAGAAUUUGCACCAGGUAUACCCCAGAACAAGACACCAUGACUUUUUCAGACGGCCUUACCCUUAAUCGAACUCAGAUGCACAAUGCUGGAUUUGGUCCUCUGACUGACCUUGUGUUCACCUUUGCCAACCAGCUCCUGCCUUUGGAAAUGGAUGACACAGAAACAGGCCUUCUCAGUGCCAUCUGCUUAAUCUGUGGAGACCGCCAGGACCUUGAGGAACCAACAAAAGUAGAUAAGCUACAAGAACCAUUGCUGGAAGCACUAAAAAUUUAUAUCAGAAAAAGACGACCCAGCAAGCCUCACAUGUUUCCAAAGAUCUUAAUGAAAAUCACAGAUCUCCGCAGCAUCAGUGCUAAAGGUGCGGAACGUGUAAUUACCUUGAAAAUGGAAAUUCCUGGAUCAAUGCCGCCUCUCAUUCAGGAAAUGCUGGAGAAUUCUGAAGGACAUGAACCCUUGACCCCAAGUUCAAGUGGGAACACAGCAGAGCACAGUCCUAGCAUCUCACCCAGCUCAGUGGAAAACAGCGGGGUCAGUCAGUCACCACUGGUGCAAUAAGACAUUUUCUAGCUACUUCAAACAUUCCCCAGUACCUUCAGUUCCAGGAUUUAAAAUGCAAGAAAAAACAUUUUUACUGCUGCUUAGUUUUUGGACUGAAAAUAUAUUAAAACUCAAGAAGGACCAAGAAGUUUUCAUAUGUAUCAAUAUAUAUACUCCUCACUGUGUAAUGUACCUAGAAAUACAGACUUUGCAAAUUCUAAAAACUCAGCCAUUUCAUGCAACCAGAAACUAGUUAAAAGCUUCUAUUUUCCUCUCUGAACACUCAAGACUGCAUGGCAAAGACCCAGUCAAAAAGAUUUACCCCUGGUUAAGUUUCUGAAGACUUUGUACAUACAGAAGUAUGGCUCUGUUCUUUCUAUACUGUAUGUUUGGUGCUUUCCUUUAUGUCUACUCAAAUAAUCAAGACACCAAGGUUAUGAAAUAGACUACUGUACACGUCCACCCAAGUUCAAAAAGAUAACUGUCUUGCUUUCAUGGAAUAGUCGAGACACCAAGGUAAGAAAACAGGACUCUUGUACAGUAUGACAAGAUAAGGCUGAAGAUAUUCUAAUUUAGUUAGUACGGAAGCUUGUCUUUCCUCUUUCUGAUGCUCUCAAACUGCAUCUUUUAUUUCAUGUUGCCCAGUAAAAAAGUAUACAAAUUCCCUGCGCUAGCAGAAGAGAAUUCUGUAUCAGUGUAACUGCCAGUUCAGUUAAUCAAAUGUCAUUUGUUCAACUGUUAAUGUCACUUUAAAUUCAAAGUGGUUUAUUACUUAUUAAAUGACAUAACUACACAGUAAAAAAAAAAAAAAAUACAUUUUUACAGUAAUGAUAGCCUCCAAGGCGAAAACACUUUUCAGUGUUAAUAAGUUUUUGUUUACCUGUUCACAAGCCAUUAGGGAACUUUCAUGGGAUAAUUAGGCUGGUCUACCACCUGGACCACAUAACUCUAGUGUCCUUCCUGAUUCGUGCCUGAUAUUGGGAUAUUUUUUUUUUUCAGCCUUCUUGAUGCCAAGGGGCUAUUAACUAACUCCCAAAGACACAGGCAUAGAAUCUGCCUCCUUUGACCUUGUUCAAUCACUAUGAAGCAGAGUGAAAGCUGUGGUAGAGUGGUUAACAGAUACAAGUGUCAGUUUCUUAGUUCUCAUUUAAGCACUAGUGGAUUUUUUUUUUUUUUUUGAUAUAUUAGCAAGUCUGUGAUGUACUUUCACUGGCUCUGUUUGUACAUUGAGAUUGUUUGUUUGUUUAACAAUGCUUCUAUGUUCAUAUACUGUUUACCUUUUUCCAUGGAGUCUCCUGGCAAAGAAUAAAAUAUAUUUAUUUUAAA